CAUUUCCAGCGUCCUUCUGGGCAUCAAUCAGCCCUCAUACAGAGGCACUGCACACAUACUAUUGCACAGUUGUGCAACAGAGGGCAGGUCCGUCCUCCGCCUUCUUCACGCUUCUCCUCCCAGACUCAGCAGCCAUUCAUCCAGCGUCGGCGGAGGCAGUGUGAUCGUAGCCCGGAGAGCAGCGAUGUUUUCCUGCAGAGCGGCCUGGCAGAGGUGUGGGCCUCUGGUACGGAGAGCAGCCUACAGGUUGCCCCAGGAUGUCGUCCAGCGGCGGCCGAUGUCUUCGGUUCCUGGUGGUUCUGGAGAGAACAUCGUGUACGCCCUGCUGUGUGGUGGAGCCUUCGUUGUUUCUGUGACAUAUGCGUACAACACUGUGAUCUCAGAUCAUGAGAGGUUUAAUGAUCGCAUUGCAGAGCUCAAGGCCAGACCAAAGACGGAGUGGGUACCUAAACCCUGGCCACCUAAGAACAGGGAUGAAGAAGAGGGUGGAGAGGAGGAGGAGGAGGCGGCGGCUGAGGAGGCUGGUGGGGAGGAAGAGGAGGCCGUUGGCGCUGAGGCAGAGACUGUAGUAGAGGAAGCUGCUGAAGUGGUCGCUGAGGCUGCUGAGGUCAUCGCCGAGGCUGCUGAAGCGGUCGCUGAGGCUGCACAGGAAGUGGAGGCGGUGGCAGAAGAAGUGGCCCAAGUAGCUGAAGCUGUGGAGGAGGCUGCCGAGGCUGUGGCUGAGCCAGCUGCUGCUGCUGCUGAGGAGCCUGAAAGCAAUGUUCUGAUGGCAGCUGCCUCCUCGCUAGAGGUACCGAAGAUAGCUGAAGUCAGUGAAGAAUCAGCACCAGUUGUAAAUGAGCCUCUGGCAGCAGAAGCAAAGCCCACUGAAGAAAUUACACCAGUUGAGGAGGCUCCUGAAGUAGCAGAAGAGGCUGUUCCAGCAGUAGAACCUACACCCACAGAACAGGCAGUGGCUGAGGAGGCUCCAGUGGUUGAGGUGGCCCCUGCACCAGUUGUAGAGGAGGCUCCAGUGGUUGAAGUGGCCCCUGCACCAGUUGUAGAGGAGGCUCCAGUGGUUGAAGAGGCCCCUGCACCAGUUGUAGAGGAGGCUCCAGUGGUUGAGGUGGCCCCUGCACCAGUUGUAGAGGAGGCUCCAGUGGUUGAAGAGGCCCCUGCACCAGUUGUAGAGGAGGCUCCAGUGGUUGAGGAGGUCCCUGCACCAGUUGUUGAGGCCCCUGCACCAGUUGUAGAGGAGGCUCCAGUGGUUGAGGAGGUCCCUGCAGCAGUUGUUGAGGCCCCUGCACCAGUUGUAGAGGAGGCUCCAGUGGUUGAGGAGGUCCCUGCAGCAGUUGUUGAGGCCCCUGCACCAGUUGUAGAGGAGGCUCCAGUGGUUGAGGAGGCCCCUGAAGCAGUUGUAGAGGAGGCUCCAGUGGUUGAAAAGGCCUCUGCACCAGUUGUAGAGGAGGCUCCAGUGGUUGAAAAGGCCUCUGCACCAGUUGUAGAGGAGGCUCCAGUGGUUGAGGAGGCUCCAGUGGUUGAAGAGGCCCCUGCACCAGUUGUUGAGGAGGCUCCAGUGGUUGAAGAGGCCCCUGCACCAGUGGUUGAGGAGGCUCCAGUGGUUGAAGAGGCCCCUGCACCAGUUGUUGAGGAGGCUCCAGUGGUUGAAGAGGCCCCUGCACCAGUUGUUGAGGAGGCUACAGUGGUUGAAGAGGCCCCUGCACCAGUUGUUGAGGAGGCUACAGUGGUUGAGGAGGUCCCUGCACCAGUUGUUGAGGAGGCUACAGUGGUUGAGGAGGUCCCUGCACCAGUUGUUGAGGCUCCUGCACCAGUUGUUGAGGAGGCUACAGUGGUUGAAGAGGCCCCUGCACCAGUUGUUGAGGAGGCUACAGUGGUUGAGGAGGCUCCAGUGGUUGAAGAGGCCCCUGAAGCAGUUGUUGAGGCCCCUGCCCCAGUGGUUGAGGAGGCCCCUGCACCAGUUGUAGAGGAGGCUCCAGUGGUUGAGGAGGCCCCUGCACCAGUAAAGCCUGAUGUUGCCACAGCUUUAGUUGAUGAACCAGUCACCACCACUGCUGUGGAGGAGGUAGUUGCCGUUGUUCCUGCAGAAGAAGCCGGUGCCGUGGUGGAAGAAGCAGCAGCCCCAGUGGAGACUCAGGCAGAAAUUCCCAAAAGAGAGUACAUUGUUGUUGUUCUAGAAGGAACACCUAAAGAAGAGAAGAGCCCCAAGGUGCUGGGAGUGGGCCCCAUGACUGGAAGGAUCAUCCCUGCCCCGGACGAAGAUGAUGCCCCAGUUUCUGAGGGUAGGCGGCGUCUUCUUAGGAUGCAAAUGCAGUAGUUUCAGCACAGUAAACAGCUCCUGAAUGAUGACUUUCUAUCCUAUGGAAAGAGGAUGUGCCUUUCUCCAACACUUUCCCUUCCACUGCUAACCCAACAACACAAACAGACUAAUAUGUAGUUCCAGUGUAAAGUCAUAUCCUACACAAUGUUUAGUCAAUGUCUGCUUUAUGGAGCCGUCAUCCCAACGUAGCAGCAGUGGUCCAUUGCUGCAACUCUUCACACUGGCUUCAUAGGGCUGGGUUAGCCCAGUCAGUGGUUCCACAGAUCUUUGGUUUGUCUGUUACACUUCAUUACAUUACAUUACGCCUCCUUUACACUUCUUUGACCUCUGUGAAUUGCAAUCUGUUUACACCUGUGAACAAAACUGAGCCAUUUAGUUGACCUUUUUUCCUCCUGUUAGAGUUUAGUGUCAAAAAGCACUCCAGUGAAAUAUGCUGACACUCCACAUCUUUACAGUAUUAUGUGUUCAAGCACAGGAUGUUUCAAGUCCCCAGCAUCCUUUAUAGUGCCCAACUUCAGGUUUUUUCUGCUUCUGUCGUUGUACAAAUGAACAGCUGGAAACACUUCCUGUAGUUUAUCCUUUUUUAGAAUGUAGCUACCUCAGGGUCUUUAACAACCAUCUCGUCAUGCUGUCACAGUGUUAAAGUUCUAAGCCAACAACACAGUUCCUAUACCACCAGCUUCCAUAAGCACAUUGUUACAUUUCAAAAGCUGUUACUUGAUCACCAAACAACCAAAUGUGUAAAUCUAAAUAAGGGAAAUAUUUGCUGAUUACCACACGGUUUUCUUUUCUAAAUGUUAACACACAUUGACUGAAAACUGUGCAUUGCUGCUUGUUGAGUUAAAACCUCCAAUCAAGUAAAACGUCUGGUUUUAGUGAUGUCACAGCAGGUAUUUUACCUUUAAAAGUUGUUGGAAAACAUCAGUUUUGACAUCAUUUAUUGAGGUUUGGCCAGAAGGUUCUGGCCUGUAGAGAGCAACACUGGAGGUGUUCUUGUCUGUGUUCAGUGCUGAGUCACUGUUUUAGCUGUUCCUUCUCACUUUCCUUACACUCUAAUGGAAAUGUGGUGCUUGUAAAGGUAUUAGCCACCACCUUUUCACAGUCUGUAUGUAGAUAUGUUAAAGCUGAAAUCCCUUCCUGCAUCCUCCUUAUCCACCUCUGCUCCAUGGCCUCUGAUACAGAGGUCAGAAAGAAACCAGGAAGCCAUUCUGACUCUGAUCUACAUAGAUGGUGGCUGUACUUUAAAAUUUAAACAUUUACAUUGAAGCAUAGCUCAUUGUGACGGUUCAGUGGGACAAAGCUGCCAGAGCACAGGAUAAGGAAAUGAAUAAGCAGCAUCGUGUUCUUUCCCUCUUUGAUUUUCUGUCCUUUCCAGUUUUUCUUGUUUUGUUCUUGCAGCCAGAGCAGCAUGGAUGUAUCAUCUAAAGGCUUGAAGCAAGUACAAACAGAUGUGAUAGUGAUGUGUUGGUGUGCCAUGAAGUUUGUGUGUUUGAGAAGUGUUGCAGUAUGUCUGAAGAAAAGCCUCCCAUGUGAAAUGCUUUGACAACUCCUUUAUUUCUCGUCCUUGAUUCUCUCCUUCGCGUUUUCACACCUACUACUACUACUCUACUAUUGAAUUUCUGGAUUUGUUAAUUUGGUGGACAAUAUGUGAAACAGACUUGGGAUCACUAAGAGGUAAAAUUAGCUGUUAGUAUAUAUUUAAAAAUUAGAAAUUACGCUGUAUCCUCAGUGCUCGUUGACAGGUUUCUGUAUCAGGUCGUAAGUGGAUGACUUGGACUUCACAAAGGACAGAAACUUCAACACAUUUCUGUUUUUCCAUGUUUUGCAGAAUAAAGAGGGAUUAAAAAUAAA